GGGUGUAUAAUGUAGAGAAACAUUACAGAUGUGAAGAAUGUGACAGGUCCUUUACUUCGAUGUCAAGUUUGAAAUUACAUCAGGGAAAUCAUACUGGAGGAAAACCCCACAAAUGUGAAGAAUGUGGCAAGUUCUUUAGUCAAACAUCAGAACUUAGAGUACAUCAGCGAAUACAUACUGGAGAGAAACCCUACAGAUGUGAAGAAUGUGGCAAGUUCUUUAGUCAAAUGUCACAUCUGAGAAGACAUCAGCGAAUGCAUACAGGAGAGAAACCCUACAGAUGUGAAGAAUGUGGCAACUUCUUUAGUCACAUGUCAUAUCUCAGAGUACAUCAGCGAAUACAUACUGGAGAGAAACCCUACAGAUGUGAAGAAUGUGGCAAGUCCUUUAGUCAAAGGUCACAUCUUAGAGGACAUCAGCGAAUGCAUACAGGAGAGAAACCCUACAGAUGUGAAGAAUGUGGUAAAUUCUUUAGUCGCGUGUCAGAUCUUAGAGUACAUCAGCGAAUACAUACUGGAGAGAAACUCUACAGAUGUGAGGAAUGUUGCAUGUCUUUUACUAAAUGGUCACAUUUUAGAGUACAUCAGUGGGUACAUACAGGAGAGAAACCCUACAGAUGUGAAGACUGUGGAAAGUCCUUUACUGACAUGUCAAGUCUUAGAAGACAUCAGUGGAUUCAUACAGGGGAGAAACCCUGCAAAUGUGAAGAAUGUGGGAAGUCCUUUACUGGCAUGUCAAGUCUUAGAAGACAUCAGUGGAUACAUACAGGAGAGAAACCCUACAUAUGUGAAGAAUGUGGCAAGUCCUUUACUUACAUGUCAUAUCUUCGAGUACAUCAGCCAAUACAUACAGGAGAGAAACCCUACAGAUGUGAAGAAUGUGGCAAGUCCUUUGGUCGAAUGUCACAUCUUCAAGUACAUCAGCAAAUACAUACAGGAGAGAAACCCUACAGAUGUGAAGAAUGUGACAAGUCUUUUAAUCGAAUAUCACAUCUUAGAAGACAUCAGCGAAUGCAUACAGGAGAGAAACCCUACAGAUGUGAAGAAUGUGGCAAGUCCUUUAGUUACAUGUCAUGUCUUAGAGCGCAUCAGGGACUACAUAAUGAAGAGCAACCCUACAAAUGUGAAGAAUGUGGGUAGUUCUUUAGGCAUGUGUCAUCUCAGAGUACAUCAGUGAAUACAUAUUGAAGAGAAACCCUACAGAUGUGAAGAAAGUGGCUUGUCCUUUUAUGAAAUAUCAAGUCUUAGAGUACAUCAGGAAAUAUGUCCUGGAGAGAAACCCUACAGUUGUGAAGAAUGUGGCAAGCCCUUUAGUCGAAAGUCAAGUCUUAGAAUACAUCACCGAAUACAUACUGUAGAGAAACCCUAUGGACGUGAAGAAUGUGACAAGUCCUUUAGUCAAGUGCCACAUUUUAGAGGCCAUCAGUGAAUACAUACUGGAGAGAAGCUCUACAGAUGUGUAGAAUGUGACAAGUUCUUUAGGCACAUGUCAUCUCCGAGUACAUCAGUAAAUACAUAUUGGAGAGAAACCCUACAGAUGUGAAGAAUGUGGCUAGUCCUUUAGUGAAAUGUCAAUUCUUAGAGGACAUCAGCAGAUACACACUGGAGAGAAACCCUACAGAUGUGAAGAAUGUGGCAAGUCUUUUAGACGUAUGUCAAUUAUCAGAGAACAUUGUAGAGAAACCCUACAGAUAUGAGGAAUGUGAUAACUUCUUUAGAGUGAGCUCAACUUAUAAGACACAUAAGAGAAUUCAUAUUGGAGAGAAUCC